CUGUUCGUUCGCAAUUGUAGCGAAUGCUGUAUUUCUUCUUUACUAAUUUAUUUGUAUUUGCAUGUAAUAAACCAAAAAUGUGUUUAUUUAUGUAUUUUAUAUUAUUGUCAUAAGUUUAAAUAUACUCAAGUCCAUCGCAACGUAUUGCGAUGGACGGACAAGACGAAGGGGUGUUAGAUGUGGAUUUAUUAGCUGACGAUGGCUCUGAUGAAGAAUGCGAAGCUCAGCCGUCUUCAGACUUUUAUGCAGGACCCGCGUCUACACCGACGUCAUGCGCGUCAUCUCCGCGGGGCGAGGAGCCUGCUUCUCCUCUCGCCGUGGUGUCGCAACCAACAUUCUUCCACCACCAAACUUAUACUCGCCCGUUUUUCACAUCGGGAAGACGUGGACCAGGACGGCCGCGAAAAGAGGGCGCGAAAUUAGCCCGAGAAGGAAAGAUUGUCAGAAGAAAUAGAGGCAGUGCUGGAUCGGUAAGAGGAGCUAAAAGGCAUCGCACUAGUCGUGAUGAGGCUCUUGAUGAUAUGAUGGAUGAAGAUGAUUUCACUAUGCCUGCACCCGAAGAACCCCCCUAUGCACCUGAAAAAUGGCCAGGGAAAUUGUGUGCCUUAUGCAACUUAAGUGAGCGUAGUCAACUUGGUCAAGGAGAAAUGAGGCAAAUAGUUUGUAAUAUAGAAAGUGAAGGUGGUACCACACCAGGGGUCUCCAACUCUGGUGGAGCAACACCAACCAGUAUAACAACGCCUAGUACACCAACAUUUCCUUUACCGCCUGGUCUUACUUCGCCUUCACCUGAAAUGUUAGAUUCAAAUCAACCACAACAAUCUCUGCCUUUGAGUAGACGUCAAAAAGCAUUUAUGAAGUGCAAAACUCCCCUUUACAACAUGGAACAUACAGAUGAGUUAUCCAUUAUUGGUUGGACUGAAUCAUUAGAGCUUCCUGCAGUAGUGUCAUCGGGAAUGUUUUAUGUACACCGGUGCUGUCUUGAAUUCAGUCCUCCUUAUCAAGAUCAAGUGGCGAUAGCAUGUAAUAAUGAUGAUGACAAAGAACAGCUGGAGGAAGCGAGGAUAAGAGGAAUUGUGAUUGCUGCUUUGGGAAGAAAAUGUGCCUUUUGUCAAAGACAUGGUGCUAGUAUACCCUGCAAGAUGAGUUGCAGUAAAUAUUUUCACCUACCAUGUGUUCUUGCAUCCGGCGGUUUCAUGGAUUUUCAAACAAAGUCAUCAUUUUGUAAGGAUCAUUUACAUCAAGCACCAUUAAUAUGUACAGCGGAUAUAGACUGUCGGACGUGUCGCACCAUCGGCGACAUGGCGAAUCUGAUGACGUGCGUCACUUGCGGUGGACACUACCACGGAACAUGCGUCGGUCUCGCUCAACUUCCUGGCGUGCGCGCCGGUUGGUCGUGUAGAUCGUGCCGCGUGUGUCAGGUGUGUCGCGGCGAGGCGGGAGGCGGCGCAGGCGGCGAGGCGCGGGCCGUGGCCUGCGAACACUGCGACAAGUUAUACCACGCGGCGUGCUUACGACCCGUUAUGGCCACUGUACCCAAAUACGGUUGGAAGUGCAAGUGCUGCCGCGUGUGUUCGGACUGUGGUGCUCGCUCACCGGGCGCGGGACCAUCGUCGCGGUGGCACGCGCAUUACACAGUGUGUGACUCUUGUUACCAACAGCGCAAUAAGGGCUCGUGUUGUCCUCUAUGCCGCCGCGCCUACCGCGCUGCCGCUUAUAGAGACAUGAUACGCUGUUCCGCCUGCCGGAGAUACGUACACGGGAUGUGCGAUCCUGAAGCAGAGCCUCAGAACUACAAGCAAAAGAAAGGAGAGAAUUCAUCAUAUGAGUACACAUGCCCUAUAUGUAAAACUAAUCAGCAAAUGGCUGGUUCCAAAUCAGGCUCAUUUGAUGAAGACACAAUGGCUUCGACAUCACAGGAUUCAUCAUUUGGUGAUGAAAAUACACAAGAGCAGGAUCCUCUUGCUAUUGAGACUAAGCCUGACGUUGGACUCGGUAAAGGAAAACCAUAUACUGUAUCAUCGAAAGUAGCUAAGAAAAAAAUAGGUGGAUACAAGCUUAAGGGAGGUUUCCCUCCAGCAGGAAAAAUAGGUUUUCAAAAACGACAGAGAUCCGUUUUAGAUUUUGGAAGGAAGAGAGGGUCUAAACCAAAGAUGAGGGGUGUGUUCGGAGUCCCUGGCCUGGGCUUGCAGAGACCUCAGGCUCCUGACACCAAAACCUCCGAGGACGAUCCAGGAGUUGAAAAUAAACUAGUCUUAUGUUCGAGUAAAGACAAGUUUGUGUUGACUCAAGAUCUAUGUGUUAUGUGCGGUGCUGUGGGUACAGACUCCGAAGGGUGUCUCAUAGCUUGCUCCCAGUGCGGACAGACAUAUCAUCCUUAUUGCGUUAAUAUUAAGGUGUCUCAAGUGAUAGUGAGUCUCGGCUGGCGUUGUCUGGACUGUACGGUGUGCGAGGGCUGCGGCUCCCGCGGAGACGAGCCGCUUCUGGUGUUGUGUGACGACUGCGACACGGCAUGGCACACGUACUGCGCGCGCCCCGCCCUGGCCGAGGUGCCGCGCGGCGCCUGGCGCUGCGGCCGCUGCAGACGAUGUCUCGUGUGCGGCACGAGAGAUACCGCGCUGUGGUGCGACAACUACACCGAGUGCGCUCCGUGUGCGUCCCUAGUGAUGUGCUGCGUGUGUUCAGAGCCGUAUUCGGACGGGGAAUUAAUAAUCCAGUGCACCGCUUGUUCGCGCUGGCUGCACGCGGCUUGCGACUCCAUUCGGUCCGAGGCGGAUGCGGAGACGUGCUGCCGCGCGGGCUACAAGUGUACGUGGUGCCGCGGACGAGAGGUGCCCCCGCCGCACGCUCUGCCGGGCUCCCGCGCGCCCAGUCCUCGGCCGCGUCUCACACCGCACGCCCUCGGCCUCGCGGGCGAGUACUACGUGGAUGACGUCUGUCUUUCGCAGCGAGGAGCCCACCACAUGAAGCAACUGGAGGCUGAGCUCGGCAUCACACACACUAGACGCAAACGACGCUUUAAGAACGACAACACCGAGAAGGAUGCCGAAAUAAUGGCAUCUAUUGAAACAGUGGUUCAGAACGUAGAAGGGGAGAUGGGAGACGACACGAAGCCUGACAGCACCGCGGAAGUAAAAGAGGAACCUGGCUUGUCAUCGACCAACUUCAAGGAAGGCAUUCUAUGGAAUGUUGCAAAUGAUGGACCAGUUCCAGAAGGCUUCACUAUUUACACAACCGACCUCGGACUGACGGUUCUUCGGCGAAAACGACAAAGAAAUCUUAACAAGCUCGGCAUAGGGGGCUUUGUCGUUCGACAGAGACAAACUACAAAAGCUCAGGCUGAUGAGGAGAAGGAUGGAGACGGAACACAGGGCUCUGGAGAGUCACCCAGCAACAAGCGCAAGCCUCGUCGAAAGCCGCGGUCUAAGUUGAUGGAGCAAUUUCCGUCGUACAUGCAGGAAGCGUUUUUCGGGAAAGACUUGCUCGAGCCUGUGAAACCUGCAAUGGGUUCAACCGGUUCGGCGGAUGGAGAAGGUCUGUUAGGUGAUCGAGACAACUCCGACAGCGAGUCAGACGACGUAUUGUCAGCUCUACAUACGUUUAACGAACACGACACCACCGUUUUUAUAACCCUCAAUACAGAAGAGACGGAGCUCCUCCAGUCGCUUAAACCUAAGGACGAAAAGGACGAUCCGUCCACAUUGAACCUGGAGCACGUCAAGAUAAAGACUGAGUGUGAGGAAGGUCAACUGAAGCACACCGAGGACUCGACGGCCCUCAAGAAUGCGAUUCUCGGCCCGCAGCCCAGCCCCGACCACGCCGACCACGCGCCGCACCCGCCCGCCAACGAACAGAACACCGAGAGCGCUCCACAAUCUGCCGUAAUGUCCGCUAAAGAGGAGCUGUCCCUUCUGGGGGUGUCCCUGGACACGCUGCCUGACAUGGACAGCAACGACGUUGACGAGAUAUUCAAGGGAGUGCUCACAGAUGACUCGCAGGAAUCUCAAGAAUCAUCUGUUUCCUAUGUGAAUUCUAUGGCCGGCACCCCGUACUCUCAGCAGCGGCAGCAGUUACAGAGUCCGAUGGACUAUGCUUCACCUUACCAUACAGAAUUCGGUAGUAGCAGUUCUCUCAGUCCGCUGUACGAGUGCGGUUCAGGCGCCGGCUCGUGGCCCGACGCGCCCGCGCCACCGCCCUCUUAUAACCAACGCAGCGCCGAUAAAAUGCGUGCCGACGAAAGUUUAGGAUCAGCCGCGACCAUAUCAGCAGUGCUGUACGCGAACACCAAUCAUCCGGAAUGGAAGACCGAGUUCCCCAACUGGGUGGACCGCUGCAAGCAGAUACUGAAGAAAUGGCGGGCGCUCCCUUCCGAGCAGAAGGCGCCGUACUUGCAGAAGGCGAGGGACAACCGCAGCGCUAUCCGCAUGAAGAAGGCGCAGCAGAGCUCCGGCGGCGCUGACGACGGCGGCCGCUCUCCGGCAGGCCCGCCGCCCAGCGCCUCGCCCGCUCCGCCCCCGCCCCCGCCGCCGCAGCCCGCACCCCCGCAGUCCCCGGCCGUCCCCCCGCCGGGACCCGCCGGCGCCCCGGAGCAGGAAAGGGCUUGCGGCCAGCAGAGGAGCGCCCGCGAGGCGGAACAGGAGCGGCAAUGGAAACAGCUGCAGCAGAUGAGGCAGCAGCAGACACAGCAGCAGCAGCAGAUCAUACACGACCAGCGGAUACAAGCAGCGAUGCAGCGUCUCCGCACGGAGGGCAGCCCGCCGGGCGCGACCCCGCCCCCCACCCCGACAGCCCUGCCCGGCCCCGCCCCUCACCCCCCGGCACACCCUCCUCCCCACGCCGCUCCCCACCGUUUCCCUCUGUACUCCACCAACGAGGACAUCAACCGCCAGCUGCGGGACCUGCUGCAACGACAUCCCGAGAAGAUGUGGCCUGGACCUUCUGGCGAGGAGUCCCCAGCGGGGUGUGUGGAGGGCGGAGGCCCGUCGUUCCGACCGCCGCUGCCGGUGCCGCUCCGACCCCGCACACCCUUACAUCACGCGCAUAGACCAGAACAUAUGAUCAUUCAGCAUCGCCUGGUGUUUUCGGACGGCGGUCAGAUGCAGCAGAAUGUCCAGAACUCCUCGCUGCAACAGAUCAUGGAGCAGAAACAGGUCACCCAAGGAAACAUGAGCAGUAAUGACAAACAAGACAGCGGGCCAGAGCAGGGAACCGAUGAGAUGGACAUUGGGGACAUGGACAAGCUGGAACAAGACGCCGGGAACAUUGGAGAGGUUGAUAUCUUGACUGGUCUCGGAGCGGAGGACGACGAGGAACUGCUGGAGUCGCUGACGGCCGAGAUCGGGGAACAGUUCAACAUACUGGAGUACGCUGACCCCGAGCUGGCCGCGCUCAACGACGAGACGCUGCUGGACGGACUCGACCUGCCCGACGACGUGCAGCACCACAAGAGGGGGAACACUGAUGACGCUGAUCAAAAAGGAGACAACAAAAUGGACAGCGACUUGCAGACGGCAGUUAAGAAUGUAGAGCCGAAAACUGAGAUGAAAAGUGAACCGGAAGUGAAAACUGAAGUGCAAGACGUCAAGCCGGAGGUCCCGGUGUCAUCGAGCAUGGGACAAAUGUUCCCGGACGGCGUCCCAAGAGUGAUCACGCAGAAUCAACAGAUAGCUUUACACUCGGCCAUGCAAGCCAUGCAGGCCAUGCAGGCGGUGAAGGCAGAGGUGAAGGCGGAGGGGGACGACAAGCAGGACGGGGACUGGCCGCGCCCUGUGUUCUCACACAUGUACGGUCUGCAGCUACCCGCACAGACACAGGUCCCCAACGUGCGCGCCGGCCCGCCAGCGACCACGCCGCAGCGGCCGCAGGGACAGUUCGUUAAUCAACACGUGCAGUUCUCGCAGGGCGGUGUGAGUGCGAGCACUCAGAGUAUCGUGAACGCUAUGACCGCUCAAGUCCAAGCAGCGCUGGCCGCGGGUCGCGCCAUCGCCCCCGGGACAAGACUCUUGGGGGCCGACGGGGCCGUCGGGGUCGUCAGGCACGAUCGCUCUGUUGCGCUGGCUGUACUUCCGCAUUCAGCCGCUCGUGGUAUGGUGAACGCCGCUCGUCCCCACGCGCCGCCGCCGCUGCGUCAGGACACGCCGGUUGCCGGCGCCGCUCGCAGUGCUCCUCCGCCGCCAUACCCCGGACUGCGCGCUCCGCCGCCGCCACCGUACCCGCAGCUCCAGCAGGCGCCCUUUGAUGCGGACGCGUGGGGCGACUGGCUGCACCGCCGCCCGCUGCUGCUGCAGAACGUAAACCAGGAGCAACCGUUGCUUCUGGAGGAGCUGUUGGAGCAGGAGAAGCGCGAGCAGGAGCGGGAAGGGGGCGACUGGGGAGCGGCGGGGCCCGGGCCGGCGCCCCCAGCGCCACCCGCCGCCGCCGCUGCCCCCACAGUGCCACUUUUUGCUGGUUCUGCCCCACCCGCACCUCCUGCGCCUCCAGACCGUGCGCUCUCAGACGCCGAUCACCAUGCUCGCCUUGUCUACGAGCAGUGGCUCAAGCAGUACAACACCUUCGCGGCCGACCAGCUGCGCUACUAUGAGCAGGAAGUGCAGAAGUUGCGCAAGAUACGCAAGUCGCUGAAUAGUAAGCAACGUCAAUUGAGAAAAUCCGGAAAUGAGUUAAUGCCUAACGAUGCUGCUGAACUCCAGCGGGUAUCGACAGAGCAGCAGGCGCUUCAAAAACAUUUAGAAGCUGCUAGAAAACAAGCUAGACAGCAUAGUAUGCUUAUACAGGAGUACGAAACAAAACAGCGUCAAACAAAUCCACAGCUAGCCCAACAGACCAUUAUAAAUCAAUCACAAAUCGGCAGUCAAACAGUCUUUGCCCAAAAUCAAAACAUUACACAAAAUCAACAAAUGCAACAACAGACAAUCAAUCGGACUAUGCAAAUAGGCCUUCAAGGGUCGCAAAUACAACAGCAAACGUUAAUAAGAACACAGCAAACUGUUCUCGGCUCUGACGGACAACCGAUGUCGCAGCAAAGAAUCGGCCUCGUCACCUCACCAAUGAAUACACAAGGGAGGAUCCUACAAGGUGGGCGGACCCUUGUAAUCGAGCAGGCGGGGGCACCACAGCAGCAACUAGUCCGACAGCUGUCCGGUGUACAGGAUAGGCCGCAGUCGGUGGGAGGCAUCGUCCAAUUCAGCCAGCAGCAACUUGGUGGCGUGCGAGGCCCUAUGCCUGCUGGUGGGCCGGCUCCGAGAACACCAGCACGUCCAGCGAUGUCGCCACUUCAUGUGCAGUCACCUCACUCGCAGUCCCCUCAUCACUCGCUUGCGCCGCAGUCCCCUCUGCAUCCCAUGCAGUCACCGAUGCAGUCUCCACUGCACUCGCAACAGUCGCCGCUUCACCACACGUCACAGUCGCCCUUGCAUCCAUCGACGCAAUCGCCUCUCCACUCGCAACAGUCGCCGAUGCAUGUGCAACAGAAUUCUAAUAUGACACAGCAGAGUCCGAUGCAUCCACAACAGAGUCCGAUGCAUCCACAACAGAGUCCGAUGCUCCCACAGCAAAGCCCGAUGCAUCCUCAACAAAGUCCUAUGCAUCCCCAGCAAUCUCCUAUACACCAACAGUCACCCAUGCAUUCUCAGAAUCAAAUGACUACGCAAAAUUCUCCGAUGCAUCCUCAGCAAAGUCCUAUUCAUCCCCAACAAAGUCCUAUGCACCCGCAGCAGAGUCCCAUGCAUCCGCAGCAGAGUCCGAUGCACUCACAGCAGAGUCCAAUGCAUCCUCAACAAUCUUCGAUGCAUCCUCAGCAGAGUCCAAUGCAUUCCCAACAAUCACCGAUGCAUAUGCAACAGUCACCUAUGCACACACAACAGUCGCCGAUGCAAUCUUCGAUGUCUCCGCAGCAUUUCUUGCAGCAACUGCAAGCUCAAAGGACGAGUCCGCAAUUGCCAACUCCCAGUCGUAGUCCACAGAUUUAUCAACAAUCGCAAAUUCAAAGUCCAGUCGCUUCUCACUCUCCCCAAAUGCAAAACGCUGACUACACCUCGGGAAGAUUUCCCCGGCCAACAUCGGGUUGUUCUCCACUACCGACCCGUUUUGCAAGACCGCCUCAUCACCAGCAAGGUAUGAGAGUAGGAGUGCCUUUCGUUAAUCGUCAACAAACAUCACCACUAGGAAGUCCGCAACCUCUUCCAUCACCGGGAAAUAAUACCAAUGAAAUGACACGUCAACAACUGCUACAGCGUCAGCAGUACAGCCCUAUGGGAGGUGCGCCAUCAUCCCCAUCGUUAUCUCGUUCGCCGCACGUUGCACGGACGCCGACACCGUCUGCGUCACCCGCCGCCUCUCCUGCGCCGCAUCACGACCACGGUGGCGGACACCAUCACCACGUAGCUCCCAUUCCCCCUGGCUAUAGAUACUUUAAGCCCGGCCUGUACGGCGGAGCACCCGUCUGGCCUAACAAGGACGACGACAGGCGACGGGCAACUCACAUAAACAAAGUAUCCAUUCUGAAACGCCGAACCCCACCCAGACCUAGAUUCACGGGUAAGACGGCGCCUUGUACCGACCGCUCGGAGGACACUGGAGAUUCGACUGACACCAGGAAAUACGUUCUCUAUUCUUCCGAUAGCGUUGAAUAUUCUACUACUUCGGACGACUCAGCACGUAUGAGCUUUUCUAAAGACGAUGACGAUGACGAUAUUCAAGAAUUUGUCGAACACUUGGAUGAUGAUGACAUUGUUGUAGUUGAGCCUGGCGCUAUCUCUCCAGAGGAGCGAAUAGCCACAGAAGAAGAUUUCGAAGAACUUAUCGACAGUGGGAAACCAGAAGAUGAGGUGGAGGAAGAAGUUUCUCAAGAAAAGCCCAUUACGCGGACAGAAACAACGACUAAGACUGUCGCAGUAAUAAGUCUAGCACCAGCAAAGCAGCCGUCAUCUAAUAUGCAGCAAUAUAAAUUACUAAAUCCCUCUCAAAGCUCUGCGUUAACACGCCUACCGGUAUUAAGUGCUACAGUGAUUUCACCGCACUCUAACGCAAAAAUUUUAAACGAGGUCUCUCAAGCUACGGUUGCAUCCGUUUCUAUCGCUAAUCACACUAUAUCAGUUCCAGUAUUAAAAAGUCUUUCUGUCCCAAUCGCUAAUGUCACCGGUCAUGCUAGCGGUAUGGCAAAAUCACAAAUUAAAAAAGUUCCCUUGAAUAUAAGUAAUUCACCGAUGACAGUAAACAUGUCAUCCUCUCUAUCAAAGCCAAUAAGCUCGGUUAUAAGUGUAAUAUCAUCGAAUGUCAAAAAUGCUACGGUUAACCCGGUGAUAACGUUGGCUACAUCUAACACAGUUGCUGGUGCGACAAGAGUUCCAGUACCUUUACUGACGCAACAUCAAGUUAAACAGAAAAUAGUAAAAACUAUAGAAAAACCAAUGGCUUUAUCGUUGUCUAACACAAAAUUGUCAAGUCUUUCGGUAACGCAUGAUGCAACAUUACCAGCCAAAAUUUUCCAAGAUGAUGUCGCUUCACCUGAUAGUACUGUAGCAACGGAAAGUAAUUUAGAAAUGCAAAACCCUACUUCAUCACGACAUAUAAUGUCGAUCUCGCCACAAGAUCACUCACAGAAAGAGCAAAAAUCUAGCAUUUUAAAGGAGUCAACUAAAGAUAUCGAUAUAGAGUCUGAAAUAAGUCAACAAACUGAACUUCCUCACACAAUUUGUCUCUCGGACAGAACCCCCCUUUUACUUGGCAAAGCGGAUAUUAAAAGUCCCGACCCCAUACCCGAAAAAAUACCUGAUAAUAUCAUGGAAGGUGACGAUGAAGAUAAGCCUGAAGAUGACCUUCAGAGUCACCUCCUACUAUCAUAUAAUAAAACAAUACAAGAUCAAAGUAUUCUAAAUCCGCCUUCCACUGAUAAAAAGCCAGAAGAAAAUGUGGUAAAAACAAUAAAAGCCAUUGCUAAUCAAACCAAGGAAAUGGUCAUAGACUCUAAUAUGCAAAUUACCUCGGAUUUAACACAAGAUUCAGUGCAGAUUUCGAUACCAUCUCCUACUCCGUCGCAAGAACGAUAUUUGAACGACAUUACUAUGCGUGAACAUUCGGAAACGGUUGAAGGCAACCAAAAACACGUCGAAUCUUUUGAAGAAAUGCUCUGUUUGAUAGAAAAUAUAACAGAUGAAGCUAAAAAAUUCGCAAUGAAACAAUCUAACCCUAAAACCAGCUCGGCACCUACUCAGAGUAGUGUUUCGCAGGCUAAGAGUCGUAACCUUGCGCCAAAACAAGAAGUGAAGGAACAAGAACAAUCCGCUUUUCCUCCCAGAGAAGUUGAAAGGCUCAAUCUUCAGUCAGCUACGGUACCACAACUGUCUCCGUUAUCUCAACCAGCUGAAUUAACGUCUAACAUGGCAAAUGUAUCACAACAGCUGCGAACUAUAAUGUCUUCGCUCAAUACUAACACUUCCAAAGUUGAAACACAAACCGUUAUGAGGAAAUCUAGUGAACCUACUACUCCAACGCAAGUUAAUUUUGAGAAUUUGCUUCCAUCGUCUAAAGUUGAAGUAACAACUUCAAGACCGUCGCCGAUUCAAAGAAUGGAAAAACCUCAAACUUCCACUUCUUGUUCUGACCCAGUACCAAUGAGUGCUGCACAAGUAAUAGGAUCAAGGGUCAAUGCGUUGUCUUCUGUGGGACAAGUUCGAAAAUCACCAACAGUUUCGCCUAUUAGUUCACCAGUUGGGAUAGGGAAUCAAAACCUUAUGAAAUCUCCAGCACAAUCUCCGUUAAUAAAUAAUCAAUCGUAUAAUGUAAAUGAUGAACCCCAGACAACGUCUAUGUCUACGCAAAUAUUACAAAUGCCAGCCCUAUCUAAAAUACAUAGUAGUUCAUCAGUACCUACGUCACUUAUGCACGGAAACAAUAUUAUAACAACUAGUGUAAGCAAUUUUCAAAAGUCACAAACUUUACCUUCGAGUAUUUUAGGCCAUACGUUAUUACAACCGACGAGGCAAAUAAAUACAAGUAAUUUACAGUUCAAUCCACAAAGUAUAAGUUCUAGUCAACCGCCUGCCUUAGUCAUGACUUCGAGGACAAUAAUUGGUAACAAAGAACCAGCGCCCAAUGUUACCGUUCGUACUCACAGCAUUGUCAGUCCUGGAAUGAAUCAAAUGCAAAAUAAAGUGUCACAGGGCUCAAUUAACUUUAUAACAUCUUCGAAACUUUUACACACACAACUGACAUCACCAUUAAAGCGAUCAAAAUCGACAGAUGAACCAAAGAGUGAAGUGAUCGUAGGUCACAUUCAACCUACAAAACGACACAGUGUUGAAUCAGUGACGGUUAAAUCUGAACCAAUGGAAACUGAAGAAUCUAAUAAUGUGCCAACAUCAACGCCUGAAAGUUCUGUAAAUAAAAUAAUACAGCAAAACGUAGUGAAUCAGAGAAACGAUGAAUCCCAGAAUGUGUUACUGAAACAAUUACUCCAAACUACUACAACUUCAUCAAGUGUAGUUCCUCAAAGAACUAUGACAAUCCAAAGAACGGCGCCUGCGCUAGGCACUAUUCCUUCGUUAGAAGCACAACUGGCUAGACCAUCGAUACCACCCCCCACGCUGUCUCUAUCACAAGAGGUCGAUAUACCUAAAAAUUCACCUCGACACAUAACAUCUGUGAGUUCCCAUUUCGCAACUCGUUCAAUGCAGUCAACUAUGUCUACAUCUACUCUAUCUCCUCUCAUACAUACUACAACGCAAUCGUUAAUGGACGUAAGAAAGCAACCGAUGAAAAUAAUGAAUAAGGAGGAAACCACACCGCUGCCAGAGUGCUCUCCAACAAUGAAAACUUUGCCAAUGUAUCCGAUGAGUAUAGAUAACCAACAUCAACCUAUAAAGAAGGAAGUCGCCCCACCACAACAAAGUCCCGUACAUCGUCCAUUUACUCCCUUAGACGUAAAGAAAGAAUUGCUAGAUGAAAGCUCUCAGCAAUCAGCGACUUCUGGUGUAUCAACAGCUUCAGAUCAAGGAAAACUAGAACAACCGAUGAAAGAAGAAUAUCCUGAAAGCAUUAGUAUGGAGCACUCAUCAGACAUAAACCCGUCGGAAACGCCUUCUGAGGCUAAGAAACGUAAGCGUCGAGAAUACCAACAAAAGAAACGUAAACAAAUGCAAUUGAACAUGAAAGCUGCUGCCGAAAACAACAUGAGCUCUAUCAAUGCUAAAAAGAGACCACGUAAGGGCUCAAGGUAUGAAGAGGACUAUGAUACGUUUAUAGAUAAUUUGAUGGCGCAAUUGAGACUACUACCGCCUAUGCAAAUUCAAGAACCCUCACUAACCACUAAUUUUGCUGUUUGUCCUUUAUUUGGUUCCGGUGAUUUAACUAAGCUCAAAAAUCAGGACUAUGAUAUUCUUAAGGGUGACUUAUUAGGGGAGUUCGGUAAUGCUAAAAUUCCUAACGUAGCGGAUUAUUACAAUACUAAACCAUUUGGCGAUGAAGAACCCUUACCAGAGAAAUCUACGGCUUCUACUCAAAGAGGAUUUUACGAUCAAGAAUUUCAACCCAUUAUAUUUGAUGAAGAUCCGGAGGAUAAAAAACUUGACUUUAUUUGCAAAGAAAGAGAUACGGAAACACCUGAUACUAUUGUUAGUUGUUCAAGUCCUGAAGGUUAUGAAAUUGAGCUUGACGAUAGUUUUCCUUUUCUUAAACCUAUCGAUGAUGAUGAUGAAGAUGAAGACGAAGAAGCAUCGCCAUCCGGAAAAGUUUCCCCCAUCAUACCACUAAUAGCUCCUAUUCCUAUUAGAGUUAAACCUUGUUCACUGUAUCAGUUAAAAGACGAAGAAGAUAAUCAAAAAUCACUUAAGGGCUUGGAUUCAGAUGCUCCUCUCAAGACGAAAGGGGACGACUCUCCUAGUAGUACGGAGAGUAAUGAAAACGUUACAGUAACUCUUACUCUUACAUCUGGUGCUGCGGAAGAUAUAUUAGGUGUAUUGAAAGAACUGGCCGGAAUAUUGCAUAUCCCUCCGCCGACAUCGUAUCAAAUCAUCGAACGCACGGCUACCCCACCAUCACACAAGUUGGGUCUAUAUAGAUCUAAAGGCAAGGAUGGCAAAGAAGGAACGCCUAUUGACAUACAAAGUAUAUUAAACGGAGCUGCCAAAUUCUGUCGUCAUUGUGACGUUGUUAUUCUAGAUUCAGUGGUGAGAGCGAAGGCAUCAGAGUUUCCUCUACUAGCAGCAAACAAAGGAAAUGCUGAAGAAAUUCUUUGUGAUAGUGAUUCGGAGCUAUAUUUCUGUAGUACGCAGUGUUAUGAACGAUUCGCCUGGCGACCAACUAAUAUUAUAUUGGACGGCAAAACUAAAAUAGCUAAUGUUAAAGAAGAUAAUAAAUCGGAUGUCGAUACUAAUCUUUCCAAAGACAGAGACGAUUUCGACACAGCAUCCACUGAAAGCAUGGAAACUGACGAUUUGGAUAUAAAACCAGACAUCAAAGACGAAAAGAUGGAUUUGUCUUUCAUAGACUCCUUAGAUAACGACGAAUUGAUGAAAGAGGUCGGUGAUGACGUCAGCGCUUUGAACGAAGACUUGAAGAGUAUGGAACAGGACGAAAAGAGUAAUCAAAGCGUCGAGACGGAGAAGUUCAAGGGAAUUCGGUACAAAACCUGGUCACCCGGCUGCAUCGGACCACCCAUAAAAUAUAAACGACCUACGGAUCGAGAGCUCACCGAACUUGUGUUCAGGACGGGAGUGGCCAUCAUGCCGGUCACCAAUGAAGACACCCGGAAAUGUGAACUAUGCGGUAUACAAGGAGACGGUGUGGCGGACGGUGUGUCGAGGCUGCUCAACUGUGACGUCGACAGAUGGGUUCACUUGAAUUGCGCCCUGUGGUCGGAGGGCGUUUAUGAGACAGUCAGUGGAGCCUUAAUGAACGUGGACACGGCAUUGGUAGCUGGCUCUAAUGCGACGUGUGCGGUGUGUCGCCGUCUAGGAGCUACCGUGCGCUGCUUUAAAGUCCGCUGCGGCAGUGUCUACCACCUGGGGUGUGCUGUCAAAGACAAUUGCGUUUUCUACAAGAAUAAAACCGCUUUUUGCGCAUCUCACGCCCCUAAGAACGAAAAAGACAACGAGCUUACGACUCUCAGUGUCGGUCGUCGGGUGUACGUGUGUCGCGACGAGCAACGCCAGGUGGCGUCUGUGAUGCUGCACUCCGACACCAACCACCUCAUCCGCGUGGGAGGACUCAUCUUCCUCAGUCCUGGACAUCUUCUCUCCCAUCAACUCGCAGCUUUCCAUACGCCAAAUUACAUCUACCCCAUCGGCUACAAAAUCGUUCGUUUCUACUGGUCGAUGCGUCGCGCGAACAGUCGCUGUCGCUACGUGUGCUGGAUCUCAGAGGACGACGGCCGACCGAGGUUCCACGUGCGAGUACAAGACGAGUCCAGACACGAGAUGAGUGCGCCCACACCGCGCGCCGCUUGGGCUGCCGUUUUGGAUGCCGUCGCCGCUCUAAGAGAUGGACGGAAGGAAGCGGGCGAGGAGGGCGUCUUGAAACUGUGGCCCAACUACGUGACCGGGGAAGAUCUAUUCGGACUCACCGAACCCGCGGUCGUGAGGGUUCUAGAAAGUUUGCCAGGUAUCGAAACGUUGACGGACUACCGGUUCAAGUUCGGUCGCUCAGCGUUGCUGGAGGGCGGGCUGGCCGUCAACCCGUCGGGGUGCGCCCGCGGAGAGCCGCGGUGUGCUCGCUCGUGGCGGAGGGCGACUCGCUCACUCCUGCCAGCGCCGCCCGUGCCCACGCCGCAACCCACCGCGCUAACCCCGCACGACCCCACGCACCAGACGCACCCCGCCUGCCCCUACUCUAAACAGUUCGUGCACACCAAGAGCAGCCAAUACAAGAAGAUGAAGCUUGAGUGGAGGAACAACGUCUACCUGGCCAGAUCGAAGAUACAAGGGUUGGGGCUCUACGCAGCCAGAGAUCUCGAGAAACACACGAUGGUGAUAGAGUACAUAGGAGAGAUCAUACGUUCAGAACUCUCCGAGAUCCGGGAGAAGAAGUACGAGGCUAAGAACCGCGGUAUUUACAUGUUCCGCCUGGACGAGCGGCGCGUGGUGGACGCGACCCUGUGCGGCGGCCUGGCGCGGUACAUCAACCACUCGUGCCAACCCAACUGUGUGGCGGAGACGGUGGAGGUGGACCGACAUCUCCGGAUCAUCAUCUUCGCUAAGCGACGCAUCGCGCGAGGGGAGGAGCUGGCGUAUGACUACAAGUUCGAUAUCGAGGACGACGCUCACAAGAUCAUGUGCAUGUGCGGGGCGCCCAACUGUCGCAAGUGGAUGAACUGAGCGAGCUGCGCUCCAGGACGAUCAGGCUAUGAAUUAGUUGUACAUACCAAAGUGAUCUUACAACCUUAAACUUAACUAGAUGGAUGUUUUCCAUAGCUAAUGAACUUAACAUAGAGCUGAAGUGUGAUUGAAACUUCUUAUACGACAAUAUCGACAGAAUUUUACAAUCGACAUUCGUUUUACAGUAAUUUUGUAUUAGCGCUGUAGAACGCUAGGUGGUAUAGGAGAGUUUUUGUACAUAGUCGAUACAGAUCAUUGUUAUAAAUUUUUAAUGUUUACAUACUAUUAAUGUUUUGGAAGUAUACGUAGGCUUAGAUGUAAUUUCGUUUCUAUUGUAUUGUAUAAAUGUCUCGUCACCGCUUUAUGUUCUGAUAUAUAAUAUACUUCCUCACUCUGUUGUAACACCAAAGCAUAUUCCCUGUCGGCGUCGGUUCACCUUAUGUUAUUACAAUUGUUUGCUUCAAACUGUUUCCAUGGACACGUUAUUAUAAUAAUUAUUUACCAUUUCCAUUUCUCGGUCGCCUCUACAUAGAGUAUAUAUGUACAAUAAGUCUAUAAUAAGCUGAAUGGAAACGUUAGGUUAAGCGAGUGAUAGAACAGUCUGCAUUUAGUAAGCACGUGUUACUAGCUCUUUAGUGUAACGUAUGCCGCAUCGUGCCUCCGGUUUUAUAUGACAGCCCGCAACUAGUUCGUAGAGUGUAUGAUUUCGCGCUCAAACAAAUAAUUUAUUUUUAACAUCGAUACAUAAGUGAGGUGUUUUUUAAAGUGAAUCUCGAUAGUAAUCCUAACACCGAUUUCAAAAAAAAUAUAAUAUUUUAUAGUGAUUUUUCAAAGCCAGCGAGAAUCGAUUGUUACUAAUGGACGCGAUUUAUAUUUAGAUAGUUUUAAUAAAAGAUUUUAUUUCACAAGUAAAUGUAUAAAAGCGACCACUGCUAUAGUUUAGUUUUAUAGUGAAAGUGUUAAGUGUGGCCACCUCGGUUAGAUCGGAAUUAAGAGUUAGUGAAAAAGGAUCAACUAUGUCUAGAGGCAGAGGAUUCACAAAUGAAAUAUAGCGUGUAUUAUAUAGAGGAAUAGACAAAGAGAAACUCGAAUAGUUUUGAGUGAUAUACAUUGAUUAGAACAUUUUUUACAUUUUUGUUACUGGAAUAUAUUGGAAAAUUUUAUGGCAUCGAUGAGAAAUAUAAAAUGCAUAGUUCUUUAAGUUACUUCACUCCGGGUUGCCAUCAGCCAACUCUGACGAGGUGUAAUUAAUUAUAAGUUUAAAUGUGCAAUAUAAAGUCAGUACUGAUUGUAAAUAAUAUACACUUUUUGCAAUUCUGUGAAUAAUUUAUAAAUCAUGUAUUUAUGUUGAAUGCAUUAUACGCAGUUAAAUUAGGACAUGAAACUGCUUUUCCAUCAAUUUAUUUAUUAAAAGCAUUCCCUAUUAUUUAUCCUAUAUGAGAACUGACUGUUGUUUCACUGGACAGUUUUUCGAGAGCUAGUGAAAAUAUAUCUUUUAGAAUAUUCUAUGAUUAUUUUUAUCACAUUAUUUUCCUUUCAUUAAAAAUUUUAAGUAUAA